AUGGUGGCCAUGAAGACCUUCUCUCUGCUGCUGGUGUUUCUGUUCCUGGCGGUGGGGCUAGGAGAGAAGGAGGAGCAUCACUCCAGACCCUAUGCGAAGGUCAGCGGCCCCCGACCUCGAGGCCCCAGGUAUGCCGAGGGCACUUUCAUCAGUGACUACAGUAUUGCCAUGGACAAGAUCCGCCAGCAAGACUUCGUGAACUGGCUGCUGGCCCAGAAGGGGAAGAAGAAUGACUGGAAACACAACAUCACCCAGAGGGAGGCCGGGGCCCAGGAGCUGACCAGUCAGCCUAAGAGGAGUGAGGAGGCAGUGGAGCCAAGUUCUGCACCUAAGACCCCCAGGGAUGAAGAUUUGCUAAGGGACUUCCUGACUCAAGAGCUGCUGGCCUGGAUGGUGGAACAGACAGGGCUCUGCAGCCUCAGGUGA